CUUCAGUAAUUGACUAUGAGAGAAUAACCGAAAAACUAUGUCCGGACGCCGGGCGAAGUGUCUGAGUGUCGAGUGUUAUGUGCAGUGAACUGUGAAGUGCCUGGAACAUGUGAUACGGAGCACGAUGUGGACGGCUGAGCUUAGCUGUAUUAUCAUAUUGUUCGGUGUAUCAGCAGACGGCGGGGGCUGGGAGCCGCUCGGGCAGCCGUACUUCGACAACAGCACGAAGCGGGAAGCCACCGCUGCCGUUGGCCAGCCAGCGUAUCUGCACUGCAGAGUGAGGAACCUGGCGGAUAGAGCGGUAUCCUGGAUCCGCAAACGUGACCUGCACAUCCUGACCGUGGGCGUCCACACUUACAGCAGCGACGCGCGGUUCGCAGCGCUCCACGCAGACGGGUCGGACGAGUGGACGCUGCGCGUGUCACCCGCCCAGCCAAGAGACUCCGGCGCGUACGAGUGUCAGGUGUCCACGGAGCCUAAGAUCAGUCUGUCGUUCCGGCUCACUGUCGUAGUGUCAAAAGCGGAGAUUCUGUCCGGACCCGAGCUGUUCGUGCGCGCCGGCUCCGACAUCAACCUCACCUGCGUCGCUAAAUACGCUCCUGAUCCUCCCAGUUUCAUCUACUGGUACCGUGGUGACCAAGUGGUCAACUACGCACAGCGCGGCGGCAUCAGCGUGGAGACGGAACAACGUACGCGUACAAGCCGCCUUCUCAUAGCGCGCGCUGCGCCGCACGACUCUGGAAACUAUACGUGCGCUCCAAGCAGCUCUGAGUCCGCCUCGGUAAUAGUGCACGUACUGAGCGGAGAGCGGCCGGCAGCCAUGCAGAGUUCCGGGUCGUCCCCGCCCGGCCUCAACCGGGCGAUCUUAGGCCUCGCCACUGCCACGACGGUCUCCAGCCCUCGCCUGUGGCUCGUACUAGCGUUCCCCGCCAUCGCAAGCCAAGUCACCACCAUCACUCUCCUCGCAGCCAUUGCACUAAUCAGCCCAGCUUUGGAUCUCAUCAACUAUGUAGUAAACUCGAGAUGACCAAUUUUCUUACAGAAGUUUUAAACAAUAAGGGAAUAUAUUAUAGUCAUUUGUGUAUUAAAUUUCAACCAUACCAUUUGUUGGAUGUAUUUAAAUACAACGACUAUAAAGUAGAUACUAAUUUUUCGUGUUGAUAUUACGAUUAAAUCUUUAUUGUCAAAUAUUAUCGUCAAUUUUAAUGGUGAUUCUAUAAAAACUUUGCUCAUAGAAGCUCUGAGCCUGUUAAAUUAUUGAACAUUUUAGGCUUUCUUUGUUAUUUACGCUACUAGUAGCGAAAAAUGUGAUCAGUUAUUAAAAGACAAAAAUUUAUCAUACACUCAUUCGUUCAUAUCAACUUUAAAUGUAUUAAGGCAAGUUUAAACUUGACUUGUAUAGUUUGAUGCUUAACUUUAUGGAUAUAAUUAAUAUGCUGAAGGAUUUGUACAGUAAUAGUAACAGUUUUAAAUAAGUAUAAUAAAUAACCAGUCGCUGUUAUUUUUGGAGAAAAAUCUCACAGAGAGAACA